UUAAACCUCUCUAUCAUCUCAGAAGUUGUUCUGAAUGUCUGGUAUACCGAUUGUAAGACGAUUUUCGUCACUUCCCUCUCCAAGACUUGCAGCUAUGAGUGUACGUGACACUGUAAAUGAAAAAACUGCUUUCCCUGACAAAUUGGAAAGAUCACUCAAAUCACACUAUCAGGAUCUGUCGAAAACAAAACAACAAUCAUUAACUCAAGCACUUUCUAAGAAAACCAGCACAACGAUCUAUGCUACACCCCCUAUUCCUCCAGCUCAUAAAACUUCAAAGAGGAAGUUGGAGGAAAGGGCAGAAAUGUCAUACAACCAGCAUUUAAACUCCAAAGAAAUUAAUUUGAAACAAGUGGACUUCAUCAUGUACCGUAGUUUCCCCAGCCUGUUCUUCAUCUGUAAUCGUAUGUUCUCAGAGCUGAGCACUUUUGACAAGGACUUUUCCCCACUCACCAUGCUUGAUUUGGGUAAUAAUCUGGGAGCUACGGUUUGGGCAGUGCAAAAGUUUUAUGGCAAAAGCAUUGACGACUAUGUUAUACACGAGCACAGUAAGGAGGAAUAUAAUAGAACCAUGAAACUUCUGAAUGUCAAAUAUAAGCCGCACAUUGACAAUGUCACUAUCAUGGGGGCUUUUUCCAUGUCCAGAGUACAGAAUAAUCCUUUUGAUAUUGUCACAGCUGUAAAUUAUUUUCCUUAUUUUCAACAAAAAGAGACUAAGAAAUGGUUUGAUAAAGUGUGGAAGUCUACUGGUAAAUAUUUGAUCAUUGCCGACAUAUCGAAUAGAUACACUGCUGGGCGAAUGUCUGAAAUUCGUUCUUACUUUAACAGGAAGUACAAAAACGAAGGCCACAUUCUUGCACCCUGUCCUCACGCUGAUGUAUGUCCAAUGCGCAAAAAAAACGAUUCCCAAGUUUGUAGAUUUGCAAUGAGCAACAUCACAACUGUAACUCCCAAGAAACUGUUACCUGAAGACAAGGUCUUGCUGAACCACCAAAAUGUUGAGUACACAUACCUGAUCCUGAAGAGAGGUCCUAAGAAAGCCACAUCCCAGUUUGCUCGGCUCCUUACACCAAUUACACAUCAUGACAAGAAACAUUCGAGGAAGAAAAAAGUCCUGGAGUUCCAAACUUGUAACUCAGAUGGAUCUUUGUGGAGAGCCAAAACUUCAUUUGAAGAGAGUCCCCAUUUGUAUAAACAUGUGCAGUACAGGAAAGCGGGUGAUAUUAUUGACCAAAACUGGUGGGAUCAUCCUUUUACUCCAUCUUCUGUCUUCUGGACCUCACGAGAUAUUGAGGAACAAGUCAAAAUGCGAACUACUCGAAACAAAGCCAAAUUUUCAAACCAGGCAGAUAUAGAUGGAACUGUUGAAGAGCAAGAAAUGCUCUUGGGAGAGAGGAGUGAGGAGGAAUCUCAGGAAUUUCAUAACUUUCCAACACAUUCUAGCCUCAGUGAUGAAGAAAUCAUGAUUACUGAAGAUCACUUAGAAUCCAUGUCCCUUCUCAGUGAAAAGGAUGACCUUCCAUAAUAGGAGGGUUGUUGUUGCGUUAUUAUUUUGUAAUUGUGAUUUAACUUGUUGUGAUUCAACUCUAUUUAAAUAGUUCAAUUUUAUUUAUGAUAUUUAAAAGUACCUAUCUGUAUUAAGCCAUUAUUUAUUUUUUAA